UUAUUUGCCGGUAAAACUGGCAUGUGCAAUAUCGCUAUUGUGGUGCUGCCAAGAUCUUCCGCAGUAUAAAACGCGAAGCGCUUUAGAACCAGGGGCACGGCAGAGGGCUUGGCAGUGCUUGACAGUCGCACGGUCCCCCUAGGAACUCUCCUCGUCUUUGACCAAUCAGCUGCGAGGCCGCGUGCGCAGAUUCAAACACAUCUCUAAAAAGAGGCUGGGCGCGAGAUUCGGCGGGAUGGACAAAAAAAAUUUCAGUCGAGGAAAAUAACAAGUAGAAGUACUGACAGUAGUGGGAGGGUAGAUGAUGUGAACUCGGCGGGUUUCAAUAGAAGAAGGAACAUGCUCUGCCUAUUUACAUUAGUCCGUCGUGUGGCUGAAUGACUAGGAUGUAAAUUGUUAAAAAUAUAUUCUGUUUUAUAUCGAUAGCAACAGUGAUCGCCUGACGUUAACGUUACACAUCUUGGGUCCAAACACUUCAUUUAGCCUGUUCUCAAGCGAUGUGACUAGUUGAGUAAGUUAAUGCAAACUAACAUUAGGUUGCGGGCAUACUAAACCAUUAUUCGAAGUGAAACUGAUUUGACUUGUUCUGGGAUCGAAUUUGGUCUUAAAUGACAGAGAAGACAUGGGUUACAACGAUUUCUAUGGAUAAAUAUCUAAUUGGAUUCAAGGGCCUUCUGAUUUCGAAUAAGGCUGAAGUACAGGGGAGUUUAUUCGGUGAUCUUGUGGAUUAAGUUCGCUAAUAUUCACAUUGAGAAGAAAAGCUUGAAUAUCAAUAAUCUCACUGUCAUUAUACAUGGCCAACAAUAUGAAAUCGCGCAGUGAGGAUGAGGAUGAUGAACGCCACUCCACAGACCCUGACUGCAGGGACUCUAAGAACUCCAAGAAGACCGCAGGCAAAAUCAAAUGGUCACGAGACGAGGACGAGAGGCUUAAGAAGCUGGUUGAGCAGCAUGGGACUGACGCCUGGAGGUUAAUCGCUAAUUACUUUCCAAACAGGACAGAUGGGCAGUGUCAGCACCGCUGGCAGAAGGUACUCAACCCCGAGCUGGUGAAAGGACCCUGGACAAAGGAGGAGGAUCAAAGAGUGAUUGAGUUGGUCCACAAAUAUGGUCCCAAACGCUGGUCGGUCAUCGCCAAGCACCUGCAGGGCCGCAUUGGUAAGCAGUGCCGAGAGCGCUGGCACAACCACCUCAACCCUGAGGUCAAGAAGUCCUCCUGGACACAAGAGGAGGACCGCAUCAUCUACGAGGCACACAAACGCCUUGGCAACCGCUGGGCAGAAAUCUCCAAACUGCUUCCUGGAAGGACGGACAACUCCAUCAAGAACCACUGGAACUCCACCAUGAAGCGGAAGGUGGAGCACGAGGGCUACCUGCAGGACAGGAUGUACGGUGGCUCCGACCAAUCACAGAAGAGGCGGCACAAGACCUGUGGCUCCUCAGGGGAGCGCCUGCAUGGUCAGACCCCCAUGGGCCCAGCACAGCUUGGAGGAUACUCCUAUGAUUCACUGGGCAGUCAGUGCAUGGACAGCAUCGCAGAAGGCUCCAGUUUCAUGUCGAAUCCAGAGCAGUAUUCCAGCUGGUCGGACAGCCUGACGGACGAUACCAUGACGACAACGGGAAGCCUGGAAGAAGGAAGCAUGGAGAUGUGCCGGUCAAGUGAAGGGAGAGGAUCUGGAAUGUCACACUAUGGUUCCCCAAGUAAAUUCCUGGCAGUGGAGGCUAGCGCAGUCCUGUCCACCCUGCACACCAUUCCGGAGUUUGCCGAGACUAUGGAGCUUAUCGACUCGAUGUGUCUUGCAUUGCAGGACCCAGGAGCCUGGAGUGAGGUGGCUAGCUUUGACCUCUCCGAUCAUGGGGCAUCACCUCCCAAACACCCCCACCGGCCAUACCACCCCCCUGGCAGAGGUCUCGAGGGCAUGGGAUACCACCUGGACACCCUGUCUGUGUCCGACAUGGGCAAGCACUGCCCCAGCCAGGGCAAACAGGUCCCCCAGGGCUCCCCAAACCGCGGCCGGUUUGGCACCCCGACGGCUUGCGUGAGGAAGAGGAGGAAGGGUAGGGGCGACCAGUCCCCUACCGGGCAGCACGUCUGUGGGAACCUGCCCAACCAUGGUGCCAACUCACCCAGAGGUACCCCUGUGAAGGCCCUGCCCUUUUCACCAUCACAGUUCUUCAACAUAUCUGGGGGAGAGAACCUAGGCCUGGACAAUCCUGCACUUACAUCAACGCCAGUAUGCGGUCAGAAGUGCUUCCUGAACACGCCCCAACAGAAAGAAACUACCCCGAAACACCAGAAGGAGAAUGCUGGUUUCAGAACCCCUAAAGUGCGUAAAUCUAUCAUGGGACACACACCGAAGACUCCCACUCCCUUCAAAAAUGCCCUGGCUGCCCAGGAGAAGAUGCACGGACCACUGAAGAUGGUGCCCCAGCCCUUGGCUUUCCUGGAAGAGGACAUUCGUGAGGUGUUGAAGGAGGAGACUGGUGCAGACAUCUUCACUCAAUCAGAGAUGCAGCAAGAGUACGGCGCCUGGAAACACGAGCUGGAAGCUCCUGCUAGAAAGGUCCGGAAGUCUUUGGUGUUGGACUCCUGGGGGAAGGAUUGCCUCAAUGUCCAACUCUUUUCACAGGAGCAGAUCAACCACAAUGUCAAUACUGGUGAUGGCCUGCUGACGAGCUCCCUGCUGAUGCCGCUGCAUGCUAAGUGUCAGGAGGAGAGUGUAGGCUCCCCGUGCUCUAUGGAUGAUGAGGCGUGCGUCCCGGUCUGUCCCAUCAGCCCCCUGGGCAAGGAGCAGGCCACCCCCAAGAGCCCCUCGUACCAGGCUGCAGCACAGCUUAGCAGCGACUGGGAAGCAGUGGUUUAUGGGAAGACGGAGGACCAGCUGAUCAUGACUGAGCAGGCCAGGCGCUACCUGAGUGCCUACCCCACCGGCUGCUCCUCCAGGGCCCUAGUGCUCUGAGAUUGAUGUCCGUCCUCUCCACACACACACACACACACACACACACACACACACACACACACACACACUACACUACACUCUCUCAUGCACAAGCAGUCUUCCUCCUCUUCCUCCCAAUUUGAAGGCUGUGCCAGCAUGCAGACAAUCUGGUGGGAGAGAAGAAGAACAGGUCUUCACAUGUUCACCACUCUUUACGUGUGCAGAACACCUUACUAAUUUGAGUAUAACACACACCUCUCUUUAACAAGCCUGUCCAUCUUGUACAACACUCGGCUUGUUAUACUUUUUUUGUUUUGUGUUGUUUUUUAAGUUCAUAAGGAGAAAAAAAAGCUGUUUUGCUAGCCAGAAUACAAUUUUGUACAAACAGGUAGUUCUAGACAAAACUAGUAAAUACAUUUGAUUAAUCCAAUCGUUCCAUAGAUUAUAGCAAUAGGUUCUUUGCGGCAAUGGCAUGGACUGCUAAUACGCGUGUUGUUCACUUUUAACGCUUUAAUUAUACACACAAAUAUCCUGCUUAUUUACUUUAGAAAUUACCAAUUUCUUGAAAGAGUUGUGGGGUGUGAAUUGUUAGGACUUGGAGAGCACCGUCAGCGUUGCACUACUGAUUUGCUUCAGAGAGGAACUCAAACAGUGUUUAGAGAAGUAACUGGAUAGCACUUGCGAUGGGACUGGAUCGGUUCAAACAAUUAUGAAAAUGCUGCUUCUGCACCGCGUCCUGUUUUUAGGAGUCUCCCUUUGAGGCACUGAAUGUAUUGUAUAGCAUGAAACUGCAGAAGCAGCAUGAAAAGCAAGGGUACCUUUUUGUUUGGUUGGUUGUUUUUUUUUGUGUUGUUUAUUUUGUUCUUUGUUUUUUGUUUUAGAUUGGACUUUAUUGUUCCUUAUUUGUACUGCUAUUUUUUUUUUUAUUUAUGUUCAGAACAAAAAGUGCACGAUCUAGACAUCGUAUAAAAAAUUUAAUGGAGCACCUGGAUUAUCCAGUUGCAAAAUCCUAGUUACCUUUGCUGACAGUCAGACUCCUUUGUAGACUGACAGCUUAAACAAGCAUGCUGCUCCAGGAAAAUUAAACUAGAGAUCAUGUUUGGUACUCUUUGUAGUGCGAAGACAAAGUCAGGGCGAUGUGUUGGAAAAAGUUUUUUUGUAGAUGAGAAUGAUUUCUUGUUCUUAGGGCUGUAGGUUAUAUUUAUUAAAUGUUUACUAAUUUAUUUAUUUUAAAGAUAAAUAAAAACAUAUCUUAUUAUAUUUUCUUUAUAUCACAAUUUUGAAAAGAAUUGGCUAUCCUCAACUACAUUCUCUAAAUUAUAAUAACACUGCCAUCCAUUCCAUACUUUUUCUGUUUCUGAUUGGACAAAAGGUUAGAUAGUAUCCUCUUGAUAGGUUCUGUUCCUCUGGUUUUUCUGACUUUCUGUUCCUUAAAAGCCAGUCCACAAACACUCAACAGUCUAUUAAAGUAGGCAAGUUGCACUUUUUUUUAAAGAAAAAAACAUCGUUCAUAUGUAGUUUGUUGUGUUCCGUCCGUUCCUCCUGUUUUUAUUCAAAAGUUUUUUUUAUUUGUUUGUUUUGUUUAAUUUUUGUCUGUUUGGUGUGAUUUGAUCGAUGGUGCUGUUGGCUGAAUGUGUCACAGCUUGACGAUGAUGGACACUGACAUGGAAAGUGGCAGGACCCCGACUCUGUCAUUGUUUGCUGAAUACAUUGAAGCGUGUAUUUCUGCUAGUCUCCGUCAGUCCUACUGCUUUUGUGCUGCUUCCAACAAAAAGAAUGGAAAUGACUGCGCAUUUUGACAUAGCAUCUGUGUAGAAGUGUUACGGGCAAUAGGUUGUUAAUGCAUUACAGGCCAUUGACACACCGUGUGGUGUGUGUUUUUUUUUUUUUGUUUGUUUGUUUGUUUUUUUUUUUUUAACAGGCUACCAUCAGAAAUGUCACUAUUUUUUAAUGAAUGUUUUUAACUCUUUUUAUGUUUUUUAAAAUGUGAAAGAAAAAAAAAUCCUAAAAGAGGUCUGGAUUUGAACUGAAACCUAAUUAAUGAAGGAGUUAAUGUUGAAAAAAAAGUAAUCAUCUGUUUUUAGAUUCUAAAUCUGUUCAGCAUGUUCAUUGAGUAGAUGACAGCCCUGUGUUCUGGGAUUGUAAUAACCAGAACCAGGAGGAAGGAUCACAUUAAUGUACUUCACUUAGUAGGUCACCAUACACAAUACUCAGUUUAGAUCUUUUUGUUCCUCCUCAUGCGUAGAUAUUCACUGUCUCAUUGUUGACAUCAUAUCGGAGAAGAUGCAGAAUACUAAAUAUGUAUAUUUUUGGUUUUGGUCAGUGUCUUCCUUCUUUUAAAAGAAAUAUGCGUGCAUGUGUUUGUGUAAAUUUGGUUCAUUUUAUGUGUUGUAGAAUGCCUAACACUCAAAUCCCUAAUGGUAGGUUUUGAGGGAAGUAAGUACAUGUAGCAGUUGUGAUAUACAGCAAUACAUUCAUGUUCCGCAUUAUUGCUCACUCUUUAUUCCUGCAUUGCAUUUUUAUUUCUGAUGCACACAUAUUCACAGCUGAAGGACUAUAACCUGCCAAUUUACAGUACCAUAGGAUUCCUGCCAAUUUUCUGUUUUUAACCCAUGUACACACAGUAUGUGUUAUAAAGAACAAUAAACAGUGCUCUCUGCUCAUCGAA